CACAUCAAAACAAUUACAACCUCCUACUCCUACCUUAUUAAUGGUAAUAUACUUACUAGUAAGUACUAAGUAGUAGUACCCACCUAAAUCUAUCUUCACCAACAAAACCCUGCUCAACAACACUACUAAUCACAAUCAUGGUGUCCUCAACUACUAAAAAUACCCAUUUUCACAUCUUAUUAACUUUACUCUUAUCAUUAUUAAUCCAUCAAAUCCAAGUAAUUAAAGGAGAAGAUAAUACUAAUACAUGCCCUUAUCCUUGCAAUCCAACCCAAACAGGGCCUUAUUCCCUUUCUCCUCCAUUUGGGAAUUUCCCAAAUUACCCUCCACCAGCUGGUACUACUACUCCUUAUGGUGGUUCCUUAACUGUACCGCCGCCUCCCGAUUCUAUACUUCCUUACUUUCCUUAUUAUUAUAGAAACGCACCUCGUCAACCGUCGGAUGAUAAUCAGAUUUCAUCAUCAACUUCACUUGAUGCUAGAUCAAGGGUUCAAAUACUUCUGGUUUUGGCUGCUUCCAUUCUAACUUUAUAUUUGGUUUAUCCAACAUCGAUAAAUUAAAAAUGGAGUGCGCACUUUUUAUGCUAUUGGAGCCCCUCGUUCGUUGUCCAUGGUUUUGGAAUGGUGUAUAAUCUAUAUCCUUGGGUUAAAGUUAAAGUGUGUACACCUUGAGUUCAGCUAGUCUUUUAAGAGAUCGUCUCGUAUCUCAAGCCCAACUCAUUAAAGAUUAAUAUCUACUUAUCGUAUUCUUAAUGUCUACUUAUAUUAUCCUUAAUGUUUACUUAUCGUAUCCUUAAUAUAUACUUUCAAUAUCUUAAAUGUCUACUUUACAUUGUUCUUAAUAUAUAAAAUAGGCUGGUACAAUUAGGACUCUAAAAAAACCGUCUCUUAUAAGAAUUUGUGCCUUGAGUCUCUAUGAACAUACAGUUGUUCGCAAUAAAUCCAGUUAAAUUUAAGAUAAAGCAAACAACGAAAGAUAGACAAAAUGUAGGGUGGGGCCCAAGGAGCUAAGGACUCCAUCUCCAAAGAACAAGAAACACGGCUUUUGGUUAAAAUGGAGUACAUCACUUUUGCAGGCGUAAUUCUCGAAGCUGACACUGACCAAAGAUUCUCUGCUAAUUCUACCCUAAUCCCCAUCAUAAUUCAUAAGUGGCAUCGCCCAAUACUUGAGCUUCUUGAGAUUUUAGUCUUUUGAGAGACCAUUUCUUUGAGAGAUAUAUCUUACGUCCAACUUAUUAAAGAUUAAUGUCUAUUUUAUUCUUAAUACUUACUUACCGUAUCCUUAGUGUCGAUUUUCAAUAUCUUAAAAAUGUUUACUUAUAUCAUUCUUAUGCCUAUUUAUAAUAUUUUAA